AUGUUACACAAGUGGAUUUGGCUUAUUUCGUUCUACCAACUGGGCCUGCUCGUUUCGCUCUCAAGGGCCACCUGCAAUGUAUGCAAUACGGUCAACAGCAUGGCCUGCUAUUCGGUGAAUCAAACGCAGGCCUGCGAUGCGAGUAAUUUGCCCACCGGUUCGCCAUACGACUGUCCCAGCGGCUAUGUGUGUGUCAGCGGCUCGAAUGGGGUAUUGUGCCAGCCGGAGGCUAGUGCGUCCAGCGAGGCGGAUUGCCAGGAUUGCAACAAGUGUGACUCGACAAACACUUUUGCCUGUACCAGCACAAACACCUUUGCCCUGUGUCUCGGGACAACAACACCGCAAAAUUCCAUAGGAACCUGUGCCGAUGGUUAUGUAUGCAAUGUCAACUACACUCAAAUAUGCGGCCUGGAAGCGGACGGGGUUAUGCCCACCUGUUCGUAUGCCGAUGACACUACCACAACAACAACAACAACAACAACAGUCACCACCAGCACAACAGCAACAAUCUCUACCAGCGAUGCAUCCACUUAUUGCUCAGCUAUUGAAUCCCAAGGAAAAUACCCUGUGGGCUAUGAUCCGGAUACAACAUGCCAUCAAUAUAUUUAUUGUUUCAUCAACGAUGGCAGUUGGGAUGGCCAGACGUACACAUGUCCGGGUAGUUUGUAUUUCAGUAGCUCUUCAAACAUGUGUGUAUCCACGAUGCCGGCAAAUUGUGCCGCCUGGACAGGCUCCACCAGUACGACAACCACUGUGGCUCCAACAACAAGCAAUCCGGAUGCAUAUUGUGCAGCCAUGCAAUCGGAGGGCUACUAUCCAAUGGGUACAGAUGCAUCAACCACUUGCCACGAGUAUGUCUACUGUUUUCUACUGAGUGGCAGUUGGAAUGGCCAAAUGUACGAGUGUGCUGGCAAUCUUUACUAUGAUAGUUCGAGCAAACUGUGUGUCUCUUCAUUGCCUGCCACAUGUUCCACAACGGUGGCCAGUCUAACACUGAAUGGAGUGACAUUGUAGACACCAUAGUGAUCAAAGUUUUUUUGGGAAAGUAUUUUAUUAGAGACAAUCAUCGGAUUUAAUAUAGCUGCAGACUUGAUCCUCGGCAUUGAAAUAUGAAUUUGCAGUGCAAUUGUAUUCGGCAGCUUUAACCACACCGUUCUUAUAAUAGCAAUAGAUGUAACUGUAAGAAAUAAAAAUAUGUAAAAG